UUGGCGCCCGCCGCUCACCCAUCGGUUAGCUUGGCCCGUGCGUGCUCAGCAGCGUAGUCCCGAGGUAGACGCCGUCCAGCGAAGAGCAGAUUUGGAGAUUCACAGCUUCCACGCCUACGCGCGAGCACGUCGAGCAUUGGCAAAUCUGCAGAGGACGGCAGAACACAAGGUGUAACAUGUGGUGGACCAGCGGACGAUGCAGAUCAGACGCGCGCCUCGACGGCAAGACGGUGGUCAUUACAGGGGCCAACACAGGCAUCGGCAAGGAGACGGUGCUGGACCUGGUGGGGAGGGGUGCACGAGUAGUGAUGGCCUGCCGAGACAUGGAGAAGGCGAAGGCAGCCGCAGAGGACAUCCGCGAGGCUCAUAAGGGCAAGGAUGGCGUUGGCACCGUGGAGGUGGUGCACUUAGACCUGUGCUCUCUCGCCUCAGUGCGCCGCUGCGCCAAGCAGCUCCUAGAGCAGGAGAAAAAUAUCGACAUUCUCAUCAACAACGCAGGUAUAAUGGCGUGCCCGCGAAAAGUGACGGAGGAUGGCUUAGAGAUGCAACUCGGUGUCAAUCACAUGGCGCACUUUCUUCUGACAUGCCUACUACUGCCCAGGAUCCGCGCGACUGGACACGCCCGAAUCAUCACGCUUUCCUCGCUGGUGCACUCCCGUGGUGUGAUUCAUUUUGACGACUUGGCUGGGGAGAAGAGCUACGGUGCGAGUGAUCGGUACUGCCAGAGCAAGCUCGCGAACGUCCUGUUCACCAAGGAACUCGCCGAGAGACUGAAAGCGCACAACAUCUCAGACGUUACCGUGUAUGCGGUGCAUCCUGGGGUUGUGGCCACGGAGCUCAGCCGGCACCUGGACAGCGGCGUGUUCCCGGGCGCGACCUUCUUCUGGGACAGGAUUAUGAAGCUGUGGAUCAAAACCCCGGAGCAGGGAGCACAGACUACGAUUCACUGCGCCGUGGAUGAGGACGCAGGCUCAGAGACCGGGCUGUACUACGCCGACUGCCGCCCAGUAACACCCGGCCACAGGGCCCAGAAUGCCGAUGUCGCCCGUCGUCUCUGGGAAGUCAGCGUGCAGAUGACAGGACUCGGUGACUACGACCCCUUCACCGCGCCAAACACCACCUCUAUCACCAACUUGUAGAUCCCGAAGAACUUAUUUAAUACUUUCCAAAUCUCUCAUUAUUUAAUUUUGUGGUGUUUUCCUCGUUUUACACAAGUCAACGAUGUAUUUAUUAACCUUUUACAUGUUAUCUAACCGUGACAAAUUGUGAUAGCGACAACACUAUUUAGUCAAUUACAAAUUUAAGGAUGA